GUCCCACCCCGGGGCUGCCGGGGGGAAGCAGGCGGCAGGCACCUCUGGCUGCCCCAUGGAUUCCGAUGUGGCCUCCACAUCCAGCAGAGCCUCGUCCCCGGAGCCGGAGGCAGCGGGCAGCCCCCAGCUCCUGUUUGAAGCCUUCUGCCGCGAGCCAGCGGCUCCCCAGCAGGGGCCCGGCGGGGCCGGGGGGAAGCUGCGGGGCGGCAGGAAGGCGCAGUCGGACCAACAGCAGCAGGAGCAGCGGCUGAAGGUGAACAGCCGCGAGCGCAGGCGGAUGCACGACCUGAACCAGGCGCUGGACGGCCUGCGGGCCGUGAUGCCCUACGCGCAGGGCCCCGCGGUGCGCAAGCUCUCCAAGCUCGCCACGCUGCUGCUGGCCCGCAGCUACAUCCUCGCGCUGAGCAGCUCCCUGCAGGACAUGCGGCGGCUGCUGAGCGAGCUCCACCCGCUGGCUCGGGUCCGCCCCGUGCCCGCCUCUCCCUCCGCCUGCUCCCUGGCAGCCGCGCCUGGGUACCUGGGCUUCCGAGCGGCUCCGCCAGAGCCUCCCCGCACGGCAGCGGGGCCGCUGGGCCCCUUUUACAGGCACUCCUCCGGCUCGCCCUGCCUCUGCUCCUUCUGCCAGGCCGGGCCCCAGGAGCUGCCAGGAACGGCAGCCGCCCCGGCCUGCCCAAGGGCGAGCAAGUGAAGCCGGAGACUUGCCCUGGCCACACACGAGACCCAGCGCAAUGGCUGUCACAGGGUCAGCGCUGCAGGACUGCUACUGCUCUGACAAGGAGAGGGGGCUAGCUCUGUCCUGCGGUUACAAACCGCGCCAGUCUCCGACUGACCAUGUAACUGACACUUAUCCCCACAAGACUCCAGGACAGGGGUUCUCAAAACUGGGGCUCCGGACACUUAUCCCCACAAGACUCCAGGACAGGGGUUCUCAGACUGGGGCUCCGGACACUUAUCCCCACAAGACUCCAGGACAGGGGUUCUCAAACUGGGGCUCCGGACACUUAUCCCCACAAGACUCCAGGACAGGGGUUCUCAGACUGGGGCUCCGGACACUUAUCCCCACAAGACUCCAGGACAGGGGUUCUCAAACUGGGGCUCCGGACACUUAUCCCCACAAGACUCCAGGACAGGGGUUCUCAGACUGGGGCUCCGGACCCUUCAGGGGGUCAUGAGGU